CAGGCGAAGUCGCGCAACUUUGGGAGGACAACUCUUCGCCAGAGGCUGAUGCGAAGCCCUUGCUCGGCUUUGCAGACGACGGCGUUGCAAUAAACGGAGACUGGUGGGGAGGAAGCCGACAGCUCUCGGGCCGGGAUCUCACCAUGGCCCGGGCCAAAGCUCCCCGGUGGGCUCUGCGCUGCCUCUUCUUGGCUGCCACGGCUCUGGUCGCCUGCGAUGGGCAAGGCGGAAGGAGCCGGGAGAACGGCGGCGCUGCCUGCUAUGGAGGCUUCGACCUCUACUUCAUCUUGGACAAAUCAGGAAGUGUCCUGCACCACUGGAGUGAAAUCUAUUACUUUGUGGAACAUCUGGCUCACAAAUUUAUAAGCCCCCAGCUGAGGAUGUCCUUCAUUGUAUUCUCCACUAGAGGCUCAACUCUAAUGAGGCUUACUGAAGACAGGGAACAGAUACGUCAAGGCUUGGAGGAGCUUCAGAAAGUCCUGCCCGGAGGAGACACUUACAUGCAUGAAGGAUUUGAAAGGGCAAGUGAGCAAAUUUACCAUGAAAAUGUUCAAGGUUAUAGGACAGCAAGCGUCAUUAUUGCGCUGACGGAUGGUGAACUUCACGAGGAUCUUUUCUUCUAUGCAGAACGAGAGGCUAACCGAUCCCGUGAUCUGGGAGCAACUGUAUACUGUGUUGGCGUGAAAGAUUUCAAUGAAACUCAGCUGGCACGGAUCGCUGACAGCAAGGAUCAUGUCUUCCCUGUGAAUGAUGGCUUUGAAGCACUCCAGGGGAUCAUAGACUCUAUUUUGAAGAAAUCUUGCAUUGAAAUUCUGGCUGCAAAACCUUCUAGUAUCUGCGCAGGAGAAUCAUUCCAGGUAGUCGUGACAGGAAAUGGAUUCCGGCACGCCCGUAAUGUCGACAGAGUCCUCUGCAGCUUCCGAAUCAAUGAGACGGUCAUUCUCAAUGAGAAACCGUUUGCAGUAGAGGACACCUACUUACUCUGCCCGGCACCUGUGUUGCGAGAAGCUGGCAUGCAAGCUGCUCUUCAGGUCAGCAUGAACGAUGGCCUCAGUUUCAUCUCAAGCUCUGUCAUCAUCUCCAGCACACACUGUUCUGAUGGGACGAUCCUGGCAAUUGCUUUGCUGAUUCUUUUCCUUCUUCUGGCGUUGGCUCUCCUGUGGUGGUUCUGGCCUCUGUGCUGCACUGUGAUUAUUAAGGAGCCACCCCCACCCCCUGCGGAAGACAGCGAGGAAGAAGAUGAUGAUGGACUUCCCAAGAAAAAGUGGCCAACAGUAGAUGCUUCCUAUUAUGGUGGACGUGGUGUUGGUGGCAUUAAGCGAAUGGAGGUUCGCUGGGGAGAAAAAGGAUCUACAGAAGAAGGUGCUAAACUAGAGAAGGCCAAGAAUGCCCGAGUCAAGAUGCCUGAACAAGAGUAUGAAUUCCCAGAGCCCAGGAGCCUCGGAAACGGUAUCCGGAGGUCCUCUUCUCCCACGAAGUGGUACUCUCCAAUUAAGGGAAAGCUGGAUGCCCUCUGGGUCCUGUUGCGGAAAGGUUAUGACCGCGUGUCUGUGAUGAGGCCCCAGCCAGGAGACAAGGGUCGCUGCAUUAAUUUCACCAGAGUGAAAACUGCUCAGGCUCCGCCAAAGUACCCGCUCAACAAUGCAUAUCAUCCCCCCUCUCCACCCCCUGCCCCCAUUUAUAACCCACCUCCCCCUGCCCCGAUCUACACCCCACCACCACCUAGCACACCAACACCACCCACUCCAUCCCCACCUUGCACCCUCCCACCACUCCCACCACCUCCUCAUGCUCCACCCCCCAACCGGGCUCCACCCCCAUCACGGCCCCCACCUCGUCCCUCUUUCUAAAGAGCAAACCCAUCUUUCCCAGAAGCAUUUCUCAAGCCAUUUUCAGCAAUACUGUACCAAUUCUAUUACAGGGGUGGCUUUAACAUUCUGGGUGACAAGAUGAACAAGCCACUUUGAUUUUGAUUUUUUUUAAAAGCCCUCAUGCAUCAGUCAGCUGGAAUGCUGAAAUCACUUGUGCUAAGUUCAAAAGGAUUCUCUCCCAUUCAGCACUUCCAAAAAGGGGGGCGGAAUCCUUUGGGUGAAGAUUGGCAGGGAACGUUACUGAAAACCACCAAUAGCCCCUAUGCAUAUCACAGUUUACAGUCAUCAUGUUACUUCCUGUUCAUACCGAGAAUGGAUUAUUCCUCACAAGAAUGGCGGGAACCUCAGGCUGAAACCCUAGCUGUAAGGACACCAACCUCAGUAGCUACAACUGAGGCCAUUCUUAUGAGUCACAUCUCUAUUGCUGGAGCCUUCCAUCUCAUAGAAUGGAUUUGCAUGCGGGGCUGGAUUUGAUAUGUUGCUGCAAGGAAGAUGGUUACCGCAAUGAAAUGUUGAUUGAUUUGAAGGAAGAGGAAGGAAAGGAUCGCUACAAUGGGAGAUUUUUGGUGCUUCAUCCUUUUGAAGAACGUGAAUCAAAAGCCAUUCUUCACAAUAUUCUCAGGUGCUAGAAGACCAAAGGAGGCAGAAGACUGUUGAUGCGCAUGGGAGGGACAAAGCAUCUUGUUGAGUGGCCUCACUUGGUACCCAAGGGUAUGAUGGCCCUGCCCACACAACAGUCAAUGAAAUUUUCUGAAAACAUUUCCUGAACACCUGAAGUUACCCAAGAGCAUAAAACUACAAUCACUGAACUUUGAGUAGGCCUAAUAGAACUCCCAAUAUACUUUUAGAGAAGCUCUUAAAAUAUGUGGCAGUUGCAUGAAGCUCAGGAAUCCAUAUGACUUUUAGCUGGCCUGGGAAACAACACUGUCCAAUGAGGGGGGAGGAUGGAAUAGAAGGAUAAUCCUAAGGUGCACUGUAUACAUGUGGGCAGAGGGUGGACUGUGGCAGGUUUGGCUUGACAUCUUAAAAUGCCUUCAGUAGUUCUGCGCAAACAGCCUUACAAUCAUUGUAUGUUGAUGUCACCAAAAUACUUUUCCAGUAUAUUCGCACCUACUGAUCUCGUGAAUGGCGCAGUAUGUGUCUAGAUUGAGAAUGAAUAGAUUCUGGUUCAUGUUGAGUUGCGCUAUAAAAUGUGCAUUCAGACAGAAUUGCAAGGGUAAAAGAGAGUGAGUGUUAAGAAUUGGAGUAAUGGGAAGAUGAAUCACAAAUAGAAGUGCUAACUUAAGGACAGGCAGUGUUGUUGGACCACUCAGCUCAGUAUAUUAGCACAUCAUUUGAAACAAGCAGCAUACAUCAGCUCCUAUAUGGACAUGGGAAUCUGGUCUCACCGUGAUCCAGUGCUGUCUUGGUUUCUGCUUCCCUUUCCUGGCAAAGGAAUAAUUUGAAGAGGCAUCGAAUGUCUGGUGUCUUCUCAAAAUGAUCAUGCAUAUCAGCUCCAUUAUGUCGCAUAUGAAUCAAGAUUUGUGCAGCUUGGAAGAGCUCAUAAGAUUACUUUUGUAGUAGUCUGCCAAACUCUGAAUCUGUCAUGUAGCAGGUAUGUAGGACUUGGUAACCUCAGCCAGGAAGUGUGCAUAUGUGCAAACAGAAUCACAUGAACAACCCCCCAAUAAUGGGUGUGUGUGUGUGGAAUCUUCAUAGCCAUGCACGCAAAAGGGCAAAAGUUAGUUAAUGCCUGCUCUCAGCUAUGUCACUCAAUUUUGCUAUGUGUGGGCAAGACAAAAAGUACUCUCAAUAUCCCAAGAGAUGCACAGGUUGCAUUUCACCCAUUGCUCUUUAUUUAUGGGAUCUAAGCCUGAUUACCAAGCAUGGUUCUGCACAAACAUCUGAAAACACACUUCUGUAACACCUAUGUUAGAAUUCUAUUAAGACAGUUGAAUUAUUUCUGGCCGUACUUCCAAGUCCCUGGUGUGACUUUUAGGACCAGUUGUACUAAAGGAAAGCAGGUAUCCUGCAUUUUUAAGUCUUCUUUCAAACCACCUCAGUAGUUAGAGGUGUAAUUUAAUGCCUUUUCAUAGAAUAGCUUAAAACAUUAUACAAUACUGGGCUGACCGAGGUUUUUUUUUUUUUAAGGCAGAGGACCUGAUCCAGCCAAUGUGAAUUGCUUCCAAAUUCCAUUAAUUUCAACUUUCACAUUCUGAACCACAUUCCAACAACGUGACGAGAUGUGUUUCAUUUUGGCUGGCUCAGGCCCCAAGUUUUCAUUCUCUUCUGGUACAGAAGUUCCAAGCAAUGCCUAAAGUGGAGCACGACUCAGAGGGUACUUCUGUGAACAGGUCAGCAGGUUGUAGGUGGUUGUGGCUGUAAGGUGCUAUGAGUUCUUGCCUUGGUAAGUAGGUCACUUGAGUGCUCUGAGACACCAGGAAGUGUACCAGCUGCAGAAAAGCACAGGCAAGCAAGUGACUCAUGUUUCCAGUUUCCAGUGUUGACUCUCCCAGUAAUGGAGCUUCGGCAUCUAUGCUGUGGGUGGAGUGUAGACUGCUUCUCAAGGGCAGAUGCUUCUUAACAAGAAUUAGACACGUUCACAGAGUCCAUCAGUGGCUGAGCCCCAGAAUGGCAAUAUAGAACUGCUAUAUUGAGGUAGACCUCUGGAUACCAGGAGCAAACAACAGGACAGCUGCCAUGCUUGCAGCCAUUUUUGGUCUUCAGAGAGACAGCUGUUCGUCUGCCAUCGAAGGUCCUAGACUUUACCCAAGAGGGCAGUUCUCGUGUUCUUACCUCAUUUCCUAGUGUGUUGUAGUCAUGUGCCUCACCAACCUAUGCUCAUCCUCAUAAGAUCCUUUUGAUUCCUACAGUAACUUAAAGUAUAAAUCCUGAUGGUGGUAGUAGCUGUGCUCAUCAUACCAUGUCUUUCAAAGGAGAGAACCCAGAAAUCAAAGCCAAGCUGACCAGGCCCCCAGGAAAGGAUUCUCACCUUUUUAUGGAGAUAUUUGUUAAUAGAUGCCUUUGGGAAAACAUUUUUAUUCCUUGAUUUUAAGAAGUGUUGAAAAGACUAAACCAGCAUGGAUCUCAACUGCCAUUUACCCUACCCCAACAGCUGCUUUAUCUGCUGGCAGUACAAAGCAGCCUCUUGAAAGAGCAAAGACACCACCCAGAUGUUGCCCUUGUUGCAGACCUCUCCAGAGAGAUCCACUGUUUUUGGUUUACAGGCUGCAGUCAGGUCAGUCACAAAAGACUACUUUGCAACUGUCAGGGAAGCUCUGACAAAAAGAUUUGGCUGGAUGCCAGUUAACAGGGAAUGGACAUCAUGGUUCAAAGUGAAGAGCCCAACCCACCCAGGUCUCCUGUGUAAACACCUGUACAUGCAGUGCAGUUCCUGGUUAUUGCAGCAGGGCUUGAGCAGGAGAAUUUCCUGAUGGGUUUUGCCCAGAAAGUGUAAAAUAGACGGGACUAGUGUAAUGAAGGCGUUUGGGAUGAAGUUUUACUAACAGAUCCCUGAAGUUGCUCAGAAGUUUGGAACAAAAAUGCUUUUUUUAAUUUAAAAAAAUGUCAAGAUGAUACCUUUUUAAUAUUAAAUGAACAGAACAAAUUCACAGGAAAAAAUGUAUUUUACUGCCUCUGUUUUUAUUCAAAGGAAUUUUG